AGGUUCUUUAUUGCGAGGAAAAACACAAAUGACCACCGACAAGAACAACCAGGAGGGAGGUAUCUAGACACAGGUCAAGUGACAAAUAUAAGAGGCGAUGGUGGGGUAUUUAAGAAUGACCGAGACUGGUCCGACCUCCGAUAUUCUGGUCAUUUGUCCACUUCCUACUUGCCAGUCAACAUCAUGAAACAUCUUCUCAUUGUGUCUCUCGUUUUCGUGACUAUCAUCUGGAAAAUAGAAUGUGAAACUGAUAUGUAUGAUGAUUCAUCAAUUGUUAAAACAGAGGAAACUGAGGAAGUGAAGCCAUGUGGAUUAAAUGAAGUUUGGAUGGUUUGUUCAUCAUGUGAAGAAGAAUGUGGUAAAACACCUCAACCAUGUCCAAGAAUCUGCCAACCGGCACGUUGUCAAUGUCCAGCACACAAAGGAUACCGAAGAGAUGGUCAAGGAAAUUGCAUUUUCUGUCAUGAUUCUGUACCAAAGCUUUAAAAAGUAGAGAUUUAAAAUUUCAUAUUUCUAUUUUCAAAUUGUAAUUAUCAAAUUCGAAAAACCCGUUAUUAUCAUGAAGGCAAUAUUCUU